AUGCACAUGGAGCCCUCCAACAACAAAGAUUCACAGACAUUCAACCCUAAGACUGAAGACUCAAGACACGUCUGCCGAUUCGAUACGAUAGUCUCGGCCGGCCCGGGGGCUCAGCCUCAAGCCUCCGGCCUGGGCUCAUCUGGCCCGAUCAAGCCGGAGACUGGAAUGCCGGUGGACGAGAGCUGA